AUGGGCAGUACCCUCUCGACGCGAGGUAAAGGCUACGAGGCAACAUGGCAAUACUGCGCCUCCAAUGCCCAGGAGAACAAACCAAUUAUGCACAAGUACACACCCAGCAACAGCUCUGCAGGUCAGGACUCUGUGCCACCAGACUACCCGGCGUUCGCUCCCACUCUCUACUUCGUUGAUUUGACGGCAAGCGACCUUAACUUCAGCAACAAGUCACUUACAAUCACUGAAAAUCAGGUGGAUAAGAGCACUCUCUAUCUCACCACCCCCAAGGACGGUUUGUUGAUGCUUACCUUCAGAACUGCAAAUCCUGUUUUCACCUUCCUAAAGACACAGGAGAGACCUGCGAUGAACUACCGCAAUACCAAGGCAGCUCAGGUUAACGGAAGACCGUACUUUAAACAGGCCCUGAUACCUGGGAUAGGACUGCCCAUGCGAAUAAGGAAAUGGUAUAUUGCAGGAUCCAGUCCCAUGCCAUUGAGUUACAAUCCAGAAAAACUAGAAAAAGGGAGAGAUACGAGUCUUGAUGGCGAAAUUUACAUCGACAAGGACGACCUGACUUUCAUUCUGCCCAUCCUGGGUGCUCUUGAGGUUGCUUUCCAAUUCAAGCAGGCCUCGACCGCGGGAGAGGAGCAAAAACGCACUGUUAAUCGGGCUUCGGUCCUCACUAACUUGGGUGAGGACAUCUGCCGAAUAAGUUUUGACAUAACAGAGGCGAGAUUUGCCGCUGUGAAAAUGAAGCUGUCUAGAGCUUGCCAGUCAGUAGACCGUGUUGCAUUUUUCAAAAAUAUCAGCGUUAUAAACACCGAGGUCUACGUUCCCAUCCCCAUGAGUACAUAUUCCUACUAUGACCCUACUAUUGAGCUGCGCAGGAGGAACAGAAAAAGAAGAGAUGCUGGCCUGCAGCCCACCUGGAUGGAAGAAGUGCGACUCAAGCGGGUACAGAUGUUUGAGGGCACGGACGAAGUCAAAUCGUAUGGGACUUCCAAUUCCUCACUGUUUGAGAUUGAGCGGCAAGGUUAUGUACUGAAAAUGAAAACUGGUGUUGUGCGUGGAUAUUUGGUAGAGGGUGAAGAUUUGUAUGAGGAAUUUGUUCAAGCCCACAUCUUCCCCGAUGAAGAGAGUUCAAACUAG